UAAAAUAAAUGCAGCAUCUAAAAAUAAUAAUGUGUUUCAUUUAGAAGCCCUCAUAAACGAUGAACCUCAAAAUUAUAAAGGUAUUAAAGUAUAGAAGUUAUCUUAAUGUUUUAUUUCGUUAUUUAUUACUGUUACAAGCUAUUUCUUCAGCAUUAUUCAGUGUUACCAUUUUAGUUGGUGUUCAAGUGUUGCCACAUGCAUAUAUACAAAACAGCACCAAAAAAUUCAGGCAGCAUUGGUAAGAAACGUUUGCUUUCGACCGCUUUUUCUCCGAUUAACUUUUGCGAAUCCGACUACCACGAAAAGUCUAUUAGUAUUUCGGGUUUAUAUAUACCUCUAUAAUAUAUACGUGUAUAAAUACAGUUCGGUAUAAUAAAAUAAUAGUCGAAUUUUAUGGAAAUAUUUUGACCUUGUUUGUUUGUUUGGUACAUUUUCACGCCUGAACUGCACAGCUAAUUUUAAUCACACACAAUGUUAUUGCAGAAAGACCAGAAAAGUGCAUUUUUUAUUAAAAAAAAUCAGGAGUAUCAACAGACCUUGGCUCCCACUAACACGUCAAUUCUUGAGUCAGUGAUCAACCAUCAUAUUCUUAACAAUGAGCUUGUGUCUCGUUUUCAUACUUAUAGUUUUGUUGUAGCAUUAAUAAGACAAUAAUCCAACAAAACGUAGAAAUAUCAAAUAAUAAAUAAUGAUAUUAUCUUUAAUAUAAGAAAAGAUUGCAGGAGAAGGGAAUCUAAGAAGGGAGUAAUAACUUAUAAUUACGUGACGAUAAACUCUGUGAUAAGAAAUCCUAGGCAAAACAAUCUAAGUCGCCAUUUAUUCAUUGUGUUUUUAAUGUUUUGCAACUAAUCCUAAUUCUCAUUGAUCUAGCAAUAAAUUAUAACGCGUAUAUCUUAAACAUGCCUACGAUUAGAUAAAUAGAAAUGUUAUAAAAUAGAAAAUUUUACACUUGUACAUAAGGUAAUAAAUACAUGAACCACGAGAUGGACAGUCAAAAAACAAGUUGCUUUGUCAGUGCCAGACAUUCUCAGCUCAUGUCGAUAAUUUUGUUACUACAAUUAUUAUAGAAUUGUUAAUCUCUUCGUAAUUAAUGCAGUAUACCUAAAAUUUUACCACCAGUGGUGGUUUUUACAAUCAUAGUGAUCAAAAUAAGAAAAUUUUCUCAUUCCUAAUAAAUAAUACCCCAUACUGAUUUGUGUCAGCUGUAAAUAUACAGUGUGGAGCAGCAAUACCAUAUUAAAAGAACGUACGGGAAGAGCUACUUAACUCUAAAGAAAAUAAAAUAAACAAAAUUCACCUCAUAAAUCAACUUAACAUAAUAUCAUAUAGGAUUAUUAUAUAACGGCCGUUUUCAAUAACCUAUCUAUCAUUAGUUUAACUUACUAGACGUAGACAAAUCUAUCCUUUUAAGCUUACUUACAUUUCAAUAAUCUAUUGACAGAUAGCAUUGGACUAUAACUAUAUUGGACAUAACUAUGGAUAGAUAAGAUGUUGUCAUUAAACGGUGACAGCAAUGUAUCCGUAAGUUAACUAAGGAUAGAUAGGUUAUUGAAAAUGUCGGUAAGUAUGCUAGGAGCCAGGCGCUACCGUACUAGUACUGACACCUAAUUGUCCCACACCGGGCCGUAGCCGUUCAAAACUCGUAGCAGUGCUGCAGCUAAGAAUAUUAACCAUCAGUCAGGAUAAAAUGUUUCGUGUGUUGCUGUUUAUCGUUUUGUUGGCAUUUUCGCAAGCUAUCCCUGUUGAAGUGGGAUCCGCUUCUAAGAAGCUUUAUAAAUAUGACGAAAUCAUCAAAGACGCAGGUUAUUCCGUUGAGACCUAUGAUAUUGUCACAAACGAUGGAUACAUUCUCGAAUUAAUAAGGAUCCCAUAUGGCAAGAACGGUAACAGCAGCUUGCCAAAAUCUCCCGUUCUACUGAUGCAUGGAUUAUCAGACUCUGCCAUAGCAUAUUUUCAACUUGGACCAGAAAAAAGUUUUGCAUACAAUUUGGCAGAUAAAGGUUUCGAUGUCUGGCUCGGCAACGCCCGCGGUGUUGCUAAUUCUAGACGACAUAUAUCAUUGGAUCCAGAUAAUGAACAGGAAAAAUUUGAAUUCUUCGACAUCACUUGGGAGGAUAUCGGUGUUGUUGAUAUGCCUGCAAUGAUUGACUUCAUACUAGAAAAAACAAAUCAAGAGAAACUUCACUAUAUCGGCCAUUCACAAGGAGGCACAGUAUUUUUGGUGCUUAAUUCAAUGAGACCAGAAUAUAACGAUAAAUUCAUUUCAGCUCAUCUUCUAGCAGGAGUGGGUUACAUGAACAAUUUCCCGAAUCUAGCGAUAAGAACGUUAGGAAUAUGCAUUGAUUUGAUUUAUACUGUAACUAAAUCCGCUGGUAAAGUAGAAAUAUUGGGUCCAAACUGGAUUAAACAGUUGGAGGAUUUCGCAGCUUAUAAUGCACGUAACGGAGUUAAUGGAAAUGGUAAUAAUUGUUCGCGAUCUAACAUCGGACAUAUUAUAGACUCCAUAUUUAAUUCAAAAGACUUAUUGCCGGGCGCUGCAUUAAAACAAUUUGUCCACUACGGUCAAAACAUACGAGACAGGAAGUUUCGUAGAUGGAACUACGGAGUGUUUAACAUUUUCAGGUACGGACGAAUUGCACCACCUGAAUACGAUCUAUCCAAAAUAACAGUUGAAAUGACCAUGCACUACACAGUGAAUGAUAAGUUACUGGACGAACAAGAUGUGCUUGCUAUGGUCAAAGAUAUACCGAAAGCAGUUGCAAGAAAAAUUCCACGAGAAACAUUCACUCAUGCAGAUUUUGUGAUCGCCGAUGACUCCAAAGAGCUAGUUGUGGAUUUUAUAAUUGAACAACUCUUAUCGAAUAACUUGUAAAACAAUAAAUCAUGCAUUAUUUUCAUGCAGUCAAACGA